AUGAUAAGCCCCACGGCCAUUUUGGCCGACUUAUCUGUCACCAUGGUGAGUCCCCACGGCCCCAGCCCUCAGGAUCCCAAGUUAACAGGGGAAUUAUCGGCCGCUCCUGAUAGCUUGGGUGUCCAGAGGACCAGUGGAGAUGAGCGGGCAGCCUCAGAGAAACCCUGUCACCAGGCACAUACCUGGUUCCUCGAAGAAGCACUCUUGCCUCUAGACAACAACCCUAAACCUAAACUGUGUGUCUUAUUCCUUCAGCUUUCCAAAGUGAUCAAUCUUAACGUUGGGGGUCAGAUCUACACGACAACACUGGACACUCUGACGCAGUUCCCCGGCUCCAAGUUGUCCCAGAUGUUCACUGGUCCCACCAGACUGCCGGUGGACUCCAGAGGCAGGCUCUUCAUUGACAGGAAAGGCAUCUUCUUCAAGUACAUCCUGGAGUUCCUUCGCACCCGGGAGCCACCCAGCCAUUUUGUGGAGGAGAUCUACCAGGAAGCCUUGUUCUACGGCGUCGAGCCCCUGGUCAAGGUGAUCGAGGACCUGCCCAAGACCUACGGCGAGGCGGUCGGCAGGCAGAGUUUCCUGGCGCAGGUGGCCAACUAUGAGGAGAACAUCGAACUCAUCGUUCGUCUGGCCAGGGCCAACGCCGUGUCCGCCCGCCGGUCCACCGUGGUGGUUUGUGUCGUCAAGAGCAAGGAGGACGAUGCAGAGCGCCUGAAAGCCGUGGGCGAUCUUGGCGCCGACAUGGAGCCCGUGGUGAAAUUUGGUCCGUGGGACCCUUCCCCCACCGUUUCCGAUAUGCUGUUCUGCAUCAAAAUGGACAUUGAGAAGAAGGGCUAUAAGGUUUCUUACCAACCUUACAAGAUAGCGUGUAGGCCUCUAUCCAAGCCUUGCAACAUCUUCUACGCGUUAAUUUUCACUUGGUGGUAACACCUUAUACAGCGGUUUAAGAAGGAACUGCAGAUGCUGGAAAAAUAGAAGGAAGACAAAAAUGCUGGAGAAACCCAGCGGGUGAGACAGCAUCUAUGGAGCAAAGGAAUUUUACUCCAUAGACGCUGCCUCCCCGCUGAGUUUCUCCGGCAUUUUUGUCUACCUUACAUU